CUGCAGGUGAUGGAAAAUUUCAUCGCCAACUUCCAAAUCCUCAAAAACAUACCUUGGUAGCAUAAAAAUCAUGAAGUUCACCGCCGCCAUCUGCCUCUUGGCCUCUUACGCCGGCUUUGCUGCUGCCGCCACCGGUUGCAAGGUUGAGCUGCUCAACUUCAACAGUGUUGCGGUUGGCACCGGCUGCAUUCCCUUCAACUAUUUCGCCUCUAUCUACGAUCCCAACACCCGUGCAGGCUACACCAUCCAUGCCACCAACGACUGCGGGCUCAGCGUGCAAGCGGGUCAAAGGCUCCCCGAAAACUACUCUCUGCGCAAAGCCGGGUUUUGCUAAGCGUGACGUUAGCGGGGCUCUCGUCACCGGUCGGAAACACCGUAACCAACCUGGCGGUGGGCGACGUUUCCUCGAGCGAGCUUUGACCGACGUCAGUUCCGUCACCUUGUCGAGCCACACUCAAUGGCGUCUUUGGAGAAGUUCCACAUGAUACAAUCUCUGUAACCUGGAGUUAAAUUGUUAAGACUGUUGUCAUGGCUGCAAACGAUCGCUAUGAUUGUAAUCCAUAGAUCGAAAAGCACUGUAGAUGAACUACAGGACUUGGACUAUUAACAAAGAAGGCUUGGUUUUGAUCGUUAUCAGUUAUCGUUAAUAGGACCUCUGUUCGUCUUUAGUCCCAGCUGUCAUGAGGGGGCAAGCCAUGGGCCCUGCAACAGGUGUCAUCU